CACUUUAUAAGCCUGACGCCCUUUUCCUCCAGCCACCCGCUGGCCAUCUUCCAGCCUCCUCUGUUCAGUCCCCUCCCCUCCUGGGCAGUCCUCACUUCUUGUCUCCCAAGGCUGCAGUCAGUGGGAGCCCCCAGCCUGCCAGAGCCAGGAGCCCAGGUGGGGUCAAGAACUCCAGCCCCAGGAUGUUGACAACAUUGCUGCCGCUGCUGCUUCUACUGCUCCUGCCCAACAGGGCCCUUUGUAGCCUGGAAGCGUCAGAUGGCCCGCAGAGUCUCCACAUGCUCCAGAUAUCCUACUUCCCAGACCUCCAUCAAGUGUUGCACCGAGGCAACGCGUCGCUGGGGGGGGUCCUGACACACGUACUGGAAGGCCAGGACUCCAACAUCACGAUCCUCCAGCUGCAUCCCCUGCAGGAGCCCAAUAGCUGGGCACUCACAGAAGAAAGCGUACGGCUCUACCUGCAACUGUUCCAGAACAUUGUACAGCUGGUGCACAAGGAGCGGGGUGUGGCUUUUCCUCUGACCAUUCGCUGUUUCCUGGGCUGUGAGAGGCCUCCUGAAGGUUCUAAAGCCCAAGCCUUCUUUGAUGUGGCUGUAAACGGGAGCUCUUUUGUGAGUUUCCAGCCAGAGAAGGCCACAUGGGAGGCAGGGCCCCAGCCCCACUCCGGAGUGGUCGCCUACACCCUGAAGAUGCUCAACACCUACAAUCAGACUCGGUACGACCUGCAGCAUUUCCUGCAGAACACCUGUAUACAGUACGUGAAGGAAUACAACGCAAAAAGUUCGAAAGAGAGCCAAACAGGCCGCUCCUACACCUCGCUGGUCCUGGCUAUCCUGGUGGGCAGUUUCAUCAUCACUGGUGUGGCUGUAGGCAUCUUCCUGUGCACAGGUGGACGGCGGUGUUAAUUACUCUCCAGUGCCCUCUGGCAGACUGCUGGACCAAUGGGAGAUCUCAGCUCACUGAAAAACCAAACAGAUUCCCCAUCUGGGACAUUGUUUCUCAGAAGGUUUGGAGUGGCAGCUUUCUUCUCCCAGAUUUGCCCACCCAGAGUUUGGGGGAGAAAAGGGGAGAAGACUAGGAGACAGAGUACUUGGUUUAUUAAGUACUGAACUGGUCCGAAGAUGUGAAUGCUUCUCUUUCUUUGUGGAAAACAGAUGGUGGAGUUGUGGUGGUGGUGGUGGGGUCUAUGGCUCAUCCUCCAAAGACAGACAGAAUCACCAAAUAAAACAAGUCAUCUACAACCAAAAUAAACACCAUUCAAUGUUUCCAGGUGUGUCAGACGUAGGAAGGGACAAUGGUAUGAAGGAGGUAGAAAGAAAUAACCAGAGAAAUGGUAGAAGUGAAAACUGUAAGUAUUAUGGGAGCAAGGAGUUAUUAAUCAAUCAAUCAAUUAAUAACUAAUAAAUUCCUUACUUAUAA